AUCUGGGCGCUAUUGGACCACGUGACCACGUGACUGGUUAGGACAGCCAUCGUUUUACCUAAUUCAUGUCCAACCCAAAAUGGGAAAGGGGUGCGAGGACUGCAGAGGAUAAAACGAACAGCAAUGGUAUCGUUUAGGAGUUUUGUUUCAAUCUCAAAACCUCGUUUUUCAAAUCCUCUGUAGGUUCUAUUGGUUGAAAAAAAAAGUAACCAAGCAAAGGUGGGAUUGAACCCGCAGCUGGUCUGAACCUGUUAACUGGCAACCAGGAGCAGGGACACCAAUCCAGCCUCCUGAUUGGCUGUGACAAACAGGCUGUGGAGAGGGGGAAACUAACAAUCAACUGAUUUUGAUUUGCUCCCCCCUUUUUUAUUUAUUUUUUGAGGACUCAGCAGGAGGACUCAGCAGGAGGACUUGGGCUCUGUGUUCUAACUUCCCAGACGAGCAUGGGGCAGAGCAUCCCUGGAGGCAUAAAGACUAUUGACAUGAGAGACCCGGCGUUCAGGCCUCUGAAGCUGGAGUUGGCAGCCCUGGACCACGCCAAGCCCUCCAGGCUGGAUCUGCUGCUGGACAUGCCCCCUGCUGGACAGGAGGUCCAGAUGCAGCACUCGUGGAACAACAACGACCGAUCGCUCAACAUCUUCGUCAAGGACGACAACAAACUGGUCUUUCAUCGGCACCCCGUGGCUCAGAGCACGGACGCCAUCCGGGCCUGUAUCGGCUACACCCGGGGGCUCCACGUCUGGGAGAUCAGCUGGGCCAUGAGACAGCGGGGAACGCACGCCAUUGUCGGCGUGGCGACAGGAGACGCGCCGUUACAUUCUGUAGGCUACACGACCCUGGUGGGUAAUAACCACGAGUCCUGGGGCUGGGACCUGGGACGAAAUAAACUGCACCACGAUGGGAAGAACCAGCCCAGUAAGACGUACCCUGCGUUCCUGGAGCCGGAUGACACGUUUCUAGUCCCCGACUCAUUCCUGGUAGUGUUGGACAUGGACGAGGGGACUCUGAGCUAUAUAGUGGACGGACAAUACCUUGGGGUGGCUUUCAGAGGACUCAAGGGGAGGAAACUGUACCCUGUCGUCAGUGCUGUGUGGGGGCACUGUGAAAUACGAAUCCGCUACAUCAAUGGACUCGAUCCUGAGCCUCUCCCUCUGCUGGAGCUGUGUCGGCGCUCUGUGAGGGUAGCUUUAGGCAGAGAACGACUGAGUGAGAUCCAUGGUCUGCCUCUACCGGCCUCUCUCAAGAAUUACCUUCUCUACCAAUGACCUCGGGACCCUCAGCACAACAGAACAUGCCUCCGAUCCGUCGGCUGCCCCCCUGUGCCCCCUCAUAAUAUACACUGAGUGUCACUGUCAGCCUCUGUCCAUAGGGCUGUCCCUAAUCAACUACUACCAAUUACAACUCAAGGGACGGUCCUGUCCCCUCACUAGGGACUGCCUUGUCCCUUCACAACCCUCAUCUUGUACACUGAGCACAGGCUCAGAACCACAUUCCACCUCUACUGGCCUCCAUCAAGAACUACCAAUGACCAAGGGAGGGUUUGGGACUGGGACUCACAACAUCUCUCUCCCCCGACUCUCCCGUCUGCGCCCACCAAUAGAUACACAGAGCACGCCUCACCCUCGCUCACCUUCUUUGGGAUUGUUCCCACUGAGGGUAAACUAACCAGUUUAACAACCCAACAUAACUCCAGCUUCUGUGUUUCAUCUCCAUGACUAAUCCUCCCAACCCAGGGCUCAUUUCUACUAAUCACAUUACACCACAGAGUGAGAAGAACACUGUGUGAUGCUUGGCAUGUUCAAGAAGCUAUAGAGACAGUGGUUGGUGUUGGGUCAGUUUUUAAGAUAUAUUUUUUAAUAAUCGGCGCAUACAAUGAACACCCGCCAAAUGCGGGAAGAUUUAGGUUUUGGCGGGUGGUCAAUUUGCAGGGCUCCACAGUGCCAGCGUUACAUUCACCAAUUAAAUAAACAAAUAGUCUGAAGAAUUAUGCAAUAGCUGUUUUCAAAGUAUUUCUGUUUUAUUUCGUAGCUGCUAAUUAUACUCAUCCUAUAUCCCACCUGGUGCAUCAACACCGCCUGGCAGGGGAGCUGAGCUCACAUUCUAUAUCCCACCUGGAGCAGCAACACCGCCUGGCAGGGGAGCUGAGCUCACAUUCUAUAUCCCACCUGGAGCAGCAACACCGCCUGGCAGGGGAGCUGAGCUCACAUUCUAUAUCCCACCUGGAGCAGCAACACCGCCUGGCAGGGGAGCUGAGCUCACAUUCUAUAUCCCACCUGGAGCAGCAACACAGCCUGGCAGGGGAGCUGAGCUCACAUUCUAUAUCCCACCUGGAGCAGCAACACCGCCUGGCAGGGGAGCUGAGCUCACAUUCUAUAUCCCACCUGGAGCAGCAACACCGCCUGGCAGGGGAGCUGAGCUCACAUUCUAUAUCCCACCUGGAGCAGCAACACAGCCUGGCAGGGGAGCUGAGCUCACAUUCUAUAUCCCACCUGGAGCAGCAACACAGCCUGGCAGGGGAGCUGAGCUCACAUUCUAUAUCCCACCUGGAGUAGCAACACAGCCUGGCAGGGGAGCUGAGCUCACAUUCUAUAUCCCACCUGGAGUAGCAACACCGCCUGGCAGGGGAGCUGAGCUCACAUUCUAUAUCCCACCUGGAGCAGCAACACCGCCUGGCAGGGGAGCUGAGCUCACUGAGUGAAGUGCUGAUAGAUUCAUGCUCCUGAACAUUUGUCUAAUUUACUCAAGUCUACAAAGUGAGACUUUGUCCCCGUGUUUCUUGGCUCUUUCAAUUGUUUUGUUCACAAGGUUGUUUUUCAACGUUCGUUUUGAGUCCGCUGCUUCAAUGGAUAGCAAAAACUCCCUAGUCAGAGCCCAAAUCUCUCUCUCUCGCACACACACACACACACACACGACAGAAUGCGAGUGGCCCCGUUACCACGGUAACUUCCCUCCCUUAAAGGGGCAACUGAGCAUUUUGUCUCAGAUAUUUUGAUUUAAAAGACUGAGGUCACAAUUUUAAAUGUAUUAAAUUGUACUUCUUACUAACACAUUUCUUUUUUAGAAAUAUUACAAAGCAUGAUUGUCAGUUUUUGUUGUAAUUAUGGCCAAAAUAUUUCAGCUGGUUAAAGAAUUUGAGUGGCUGGUUGAUUUUUGUUUCUACCUUCAACAAUGACUGCUGGACCAAAAACAACAUUUUAGGCCCUGUUUUAUUAUCCAGUUUUUAUGGCAUACUUUAAUCAUUUACUGGGACAUCCACAGCUGUGACACAUGACAUGCAGACAGGACUUUUAUCCAGAUCUCUGCUGUUCCUGAGGACUACCAUGUAAAGACAUAAGUUGGUGUCCUGUCUGUCCGUGUUAAAGUGCAAUGAGUUUGACGCCAGUCUGUCAGUCUGUUUUGACUGCAACACCUUGGGAUUUUACUUUUCUCCUUUUUGUUUGCAGUUUGAUUAAAAAAAAUAAAAAAAAUAAAAUCAAAGCCAAUCA